GUCAGUGGUCAAUUUUAAACACGCAAAUAUGUAAUAACGCCCUUGAACAGUACUAUAAAUUCGUCUGCUUAGUAAACACUUUUUGUGAAUUGUCAGAUCUCCAGCUUUGACGAAACUUGACAAUUUGGUAUUAAAGAUGUCUGUUCUAAAGAUGAUGUUGCUUGUCUCAGCUUUUCUUGUAAUACGGGCUGAUGAGGACAGUAAAGGGCAUAUACACAAGCAAAUGGAAAGGAAUUCUGAUCCUGACACUGAAGCCUCGGAUAAGCUUCUUCGACGUAAACGUGACUACUACGGACACUGCACUUCCGUGAGUACACCAUUUACCAACGAUGGAGGCGGCGAUACUGUCUAUUUGGACCGUCAAAGCCCCAACUGUGGGCUUGCCGCUAUGAGAUCAUUUCAUUUGGUACGGAACGGAGCCAGAAACCAGGUCAGAUAUGAUUUAAGUUGUUGCAGUUUACCUCGUGAUUUCAGCUGUACAACCGAAUCACGACACACGAUGUUCAAUUUUGAUGGGAAUGGUCAAGUGAUAUAUUUGGAUCGUCAUCAAGUAACCUGUCCCUAUAACGGAUUUUUAAAGCAGUUUCACCUGAACCGCAAUGGAGGUCACGACAUGUACAGGUAUACUUAUUCGUGCUGUACACCAAAUGGGUCGGAGCGGGCAAACAUGAGAUGCACGUCCCACAGUACACCAGCUAAUUCUGAUGGUGGUGGAAAGAAUUUUGUAUAUCUUGAUAGACAUCAAGUUACCUGUCACCUUGGAUACUUCCUGAAUAGCUUUAGACUUGCCCGUCCAAGUCCUGGUAACAUACGCUACGAUUACAGAUGUUGUGCGUAUAUUCGGAACCAAUGAAAUCCUCAUGCAUCCACAAGACCAUAUGAUCUCAACAACCCGAAGUGAAAUGCUGAUGCUGCUGAACUUUGAAAAUAUAACUGCUUGAUUUAGAAUAUUGAUACUGUGUUAUAUUUGAUAGGGUAAUUAGGAAUCUAGGGAGGUAUUUAAAAAACAAUUUUCCUUUUAUUUUAAAAUGAAGGUUACCGUGAAAAUAUUAUAUUUUUAAAGAAAAAUAUUUAAACCUUGAACUUAACUGAUAAUAAUAAAAUAUUUACCUAGAUAAAGAUUCAAUCUAUUCAAAAUGCCUAUUAUGAAUGCUUGCUUAUAUUGAAGUUCUUCUGGUAAAAAUGUUUAUGUUUGAAAAAAUGCUUUCAUAUAGUAAUACACAAUACAAUAAAUGCUUCAUUACAUUGAGUUCUUUGUAA